UCAGAUAUAAGAAAUCAUAAUAAAUAAAUAAAACAAAAAAUAAAAAUUGUGUAAUUCUAGUCAUCACGGUCUUCAAUCCUCAUAUAUCGCACGUCCAAUUGUUGCUCAAUUUCACACACGCGCGCAGAUAUAUAUAUAUGAAUUGGAAAGUCUGACUUCUUUCAUUUAUCCGCAAAAAGGGGAUUUUUUAUUUCAUGAAAAGAGAUUAAACACACAUAAAUCAAAUUAGAAAUGGAGAAUUUUGAUCUUUCAGCUACGGCCCGAGGCCGCUUGGCGGUGCUCUCAGCUCACCUCUCGGCUUCAGCCGAUCACUCCGGCUCCAUUCCGACCGGAAUUGUUGAGUUCUCCGGCUGCUCCGCCGAUGUGGCGCCACCGACGAAUCUCAAAGGUUCGUUGACUUUGAUUGAUGAGCGUACCGGAAAAAGGUACCAGGUUCAGGUAUCCGAAGAAGGCACUAUCAAAGCCACCGACCUUAAAAAGAUAUCCGUAGGAAAGAAUGACAAGGGGCUGAAGCUGUAUGAUCCGGGGUAUCUUAACACAGCUCCUGUGCGAUCUUCAAUUUGCUACAUUGAUGGUGAUGAAGGGAUUCUCAGAUAUAGGGGGUAUCCCAUUGAGGAGCUGGCGGAGAAGAGUUCUUUUCUGGAAGUGGCUUAUCUUUUGUUGUAUGGUAAUCUACCAACUGAAGGUCAGUUGUCAGAGUGGGAGUUUGCUGUCGCACAGCAUUCAGCUGUUCCACAAGGACUGUUGGAUAUCAUACAGGCAAUGCCACAUGAUGCUCACCCGAUGGGUGUUCUUGUUAGCAUAAUGAGUGCUCUUUCUGUCUUCCAUCCAGAUGCUAAUCCAGCUUUAAGAGGGCAAGAUCUAUACAAGUCUAAACAAGUGAGAGACAAACAAAUUGUUCGCAUUCUUGGAAAGGCUCCAACAAUUGCCGCAGCUGCUUAUUUGAGGAUGGCAGGCCGGCCACCAGUUCUUCCAUCCAACAAUCUCUCAUACUCUGAGAACUUCUUAUAUAUGCUCGACUCAUUGGGUGACAGGUCUUAUAAACCAAAUCCCAGGCUUGCACGUGUUCUUGACAUUCUUUUCAUACUGCAUGCAGAACAUGAAAUGAAUUGCUCUACUGCAGCUGCAAGACACCUUGCUUCAAGUGGUGUCGACGUAUAUACGGCCCUUGCUGGAGCUGUUGGAGCCCUGUAUGGUCCUCUUCAUGGUGGAGCAAACGAGGCUGUGCUCAAGAUGUUGAGCGAGAUUGGCAGUGUUGACAACAUACCUGAAUUCAUUGAAGGUGUUAAAAACAGGAAAAGAAAGAUGUCUGGCUUUGGACACCGUGUCUACAAAAAUUAUGAUCCGCGCGCCAAAGUUAUCAAGAAACUUGCUGAAGAAGUAUUCUCAAUUGUUGGCAGGGAUCCUCUCAUCGAGGUGGCAAUAGCGUUGGAGAAGGCUGCCCUGUCAGAUGAUUAUUUUGUUAAGAGAAAGUUAUAUCCCAAUGUUGACUUCUAUUCUGGGUUAAUUUAUAGGGCGAUGGGUUUCCCUCCCGAGUUCUUUACCAUUUUGUUUGCAAUUCCCCGAAUGGCGGGCUAUUUAUCUCACUGGCGAGAGUCUCUGGAUGAUCCCGAUACUAAGAUAAUGAGACCAGCUCAGGUUUAUACCGGUGUAUGGCUAAGGAAUUACAUGCCACUGAAGGAACGAAUGCUAUCGACAAAAGUGGAUAAACUUGGUCAGGUGUCUGUCUCCAACGCAACAAGGAGGCGUUUGUCUGGAUCCGGGGCCUAGUAUUCUUCUAAUUGUUAUGAUGCUGUGAGAACCAAAGUACUAGGAACUUUUAUUCUACAUGUCUUUUAAUCUGGGUUUGUUUUGUUCUAAGAAACAUCUUAUAUUGAUUUUUAUAAGAUGUAAUAAAACUGUCACCUCAUGACAAUUGAACUUUGUAAUAAAAAUGGUAUCACGUAUGAGGUCUUUA